UCCUCGCGGAGCCGGCCGCAGCACACUCAGCCCCACUCGGCUCAGCGGAGGGGAUCGUCCUGAACUGAACCCCUGCUGCCUGGGGGGCUGCUCCCGGGGAAGGGGCCAGGACACCCAGCGGGAGAGGCCGGCUGCUGACCCCGAGGCGUAGGGUCUCCGGUGCUGUGCCCGCAGGCUCCCCGGCAGGAUGGCAUGGCGCGUGCUGGUGCUGUUUCCCUUCCUCCUGGCGGCAGUUUCAGGCAACACAGUCCCCUACUUCAACAUGAGCAUCGUGUAUGUGCCAGAGGACCUGGAGAUCGGCCAGGAGGCCUUCCAGUUGCAGGCUUUCGAUGUGGACGGAGACCCGCUCACCUACAGCAUCAGCGGGUCAGAAGCCUUCUACUUCUCUGUCGUUGCUGAUACAGGCCAAGUGCUGCUCAAGAACCCGCUGGACCGUGAGUCCCUGGCCAGGCUCACGCUCACCAUCACAGUGUCUGACGGGCAGAACGACGCAAUCUCCAGAAAACUCACGGUCAUCGUGGAGGACCGUAACGACAACGCCCCUGUCUUCCAGAACCUGCCGUAUGCAACCACCGUCAAUGAGAACGUGACAGCUGGCAGCAUCAUCUACAUUGUGUCAGCCAACGACAGUGACACCGGGAACGCCGCCAAAGUCAGCUAUAGCAUCGAGGAGGUGAUCCCGGACAACACGAAGAAUCUUUGGCUCUUCUACAUCCUGCCCAAUGGGAGCGUGGUGCUCAAUGGCUCACUGGACUAUACCCUGAACACCUUCUACCAGAUCAAGAUCCUCGCCAAGGAUGGCGGGGGGCUGCUGCACGGGGUGCUGACCUUCCAGCAGAGCGUGACCUACUUGUCUGUGACCGUCCGUGACCUGCCCAACCUCGACCCACGGUUCCUCAAUGAGCCCUACUCUGGCUCUGUGCCGGAGAACUGCCCUCUGGGCACCACCGUGCUGACUGUCACCGCCAUUGACAGAGACACAGGGGUGAAUGAUGAAAUCUACUACAGCAUCACCACUGCCGACAUCCCCUUUGCUAUCGAUGCCAUGACGGGCACCAUCAAUGUGACUGGCCCCCUGGACCGGGAGCAGCUGCCAAAUGAAGUGCUGCUGCUGGAAGUCACGGCGCGGGAGAAGAACCUGGACAUCUAUGGCAAUGUGGCCAAGAUCAGCACCCAGGUGACAGUCACGGUGGCCGACAUCAAUGACAACAAGCCCCAGUUCUAUCUCUGUUCCCUCUCCAGCUGCGACUUCUCUGCCGAUGCCCAGAGCAACUUCACAGGCAGCGUUGUGGAGCACUCCUCCUCCAACCUGGCUGUGUCCGGCCUCAGCAUCGUCGCACAUGACCCUGACAAGGGCGUCAACAGCAGUUUUGAGCUGUACCUGCAAGGUCCGAAUGCCAGCGCCUUCUUUGUCUCCCCUAAGACGAUUGUGGGCACGGGGGAAGUCCAGAUCCUAGUGCAAGACCCACUGUCUGUGGACUACGAAAUAAGCCAUGUCAUGGUGGUGCAGAUUGUUGCUAAUGACACGGGGAACCCCACAGACUGCUGCUCCACGGCCACUGUGACCAUCAACCUCAUUGACAGCAAUGACCACAGCCCCGAGUUCCCCCAGAGUGUCUACAGCCUGAGUGUGGUGGAAAACAGCGUCGCCGGCACCGUCGUCUCCCCAGGCAUCACGGCCUAUGAUCCGGAUAGUGGUAUCCUGGGCCAGAUCACCUACCAGCUCUUCCCAGAGAGCAUCCGGGAAGUCUUCACGGUGAACAGCACGAGUGGGGCUGUGUUGGUGCACAACGGGAGCUGGCUGGACCGUGAGACUCGCUCCAUCUAUUAUGCCAACCUCCAGGCCAAGGAUGGGGGCAACCUGACGGGCUCCACGCUACUGGAGAUCACUGUGCUGGAUGCCAAUGACAACCACCCCAUCAUCACUGGCUCCUACUUUAUCUCCGUGGACGAGGGGCAGAAUGUCAGCGUGCAGAUCCAGGCCAUGGACAAUGAUGAGCCUGGCACUCCCAACAGCGAGUUGCGCUUCGAGAUCUUGCCAGGGUCAUUCAGUGCCAACUUCACCAUUGAUGCAGUUACGGGAGAGAUGCACAACAAGGGGCCAUUGGACCGUGAGGCCUUGGAUGAUGACCGUGGGCAGAUGGUGGUGACGGUGGAGGUGCACGACCUGGGCACGCCACAGCUCAGCACCUCUGUCAACGUCACCAUCACUGUGGGGGACGUGAAUGACAAUGCACCCGUGUUCCUCAACCAGUCCUAUGAGUUCUCAGUCUUUGAAGGAUCUGCAGGGUCCUUUGUGGGCAACGUGGAGGCCACAGAUGCUGACCAGACAGACAUCAAUUCCCGCAUUUCCUUCCUGCUUCAGAGCGGCAGCGGCUCCAGCAACUUCCUAAUCCGCUCGUCCCGCCUGGGGCCAGGGUACUACAGUGGGCGGCUGUCCCUGGAUCCCGAUGUGUCCCUGGACUAUGACAGCUUGCAGCAGAAGUUCUUCUCCCUGGUGGUGCUGGCAGAGAACACAGCAGCGGAGAGUGUGGGGGACACUGCCAAUGCCUCAGUGAUGGUCUACGUCCUAGACGUCAAUGAUGAGCCUCCCACCAUCCUGUCAACCUCUGUGUACAAUGUGAGCGAGAACGGCACGCAGGAGGGCCUGGUCUGCACUGUGGUCGGCUCUGACCCGGACACCAACCACUCGUUGGUCUUUGAAGAGCUGUCAGUCACCUGCUUGAAGGGGACGAGCAGUGCCGGGGAGGUGUGCUGGGACUGGUUUGUGCUGGCACCCAACGGCUCAGUGCUGGUGAACAGCUCAGACAUUGACUACGAGCUGUGCGAUGUGGUGGUGCUCAUGCUGCGGGCUGAAGACGUGUACACCGAGAAGGGCAACCGCUACAGCCAGAAUGAAACCCUGAGGAUCCUCAUCACUGAUGUGAAUGACAACGCACCGAUUUUCCUGCCCUCCUCCGAGACAUUCGUGGUCGUCCCUGACAUCUCUCCUGUGGACCUACAAGUGGCUGAAGUGAAGGCCACGGAUGCUGACUCGGGGCCCGGAGGAACUAUCACCUUCUCCAUCCUUAGUGUGGUGUUUGUGCAAGACAAUGGCAUCAGCCAGUCCUUCGAGAACCUCUUCAAGAUGGUGACCACAACCGAGCAGGACACCUACAUCGGGAGCAUCCGGGUGGCCAGCAACCUUGACAGGUCACUGAAGGGGCAGUACCAGGUGACGGUGGAGGCCAAGGAUGGUGAGGCACCGGUGCACACAACGCAGACUGUGCUGAAUAUCUUCACGGUGGAUAAUAGCUACCUAGUUCGCCUCCAGUUCGUGGUCCCAGUGGAUGAAGUCCAGAAUAACUUGGACGAGAUCACACUGGCGCUGACCGUGGUGACCAAGGCACGGGUCUAUGUAGUGGCCAUCCAGACCCUGGAGGAUGCCCGUGCCUCCCGGGCUCAAGCCAAGUCCGUGAUGGAGGCGUACUUUGUCUACAGCAACGGCACUGCGUUGGAGGUCAAUCAGCUGAGCGUGCUCAUACAGAGCGACCUGCAGAUCUUGACACAGCUGGUGAACCUUGGCCUGGCUGUCAUCGGCCCCGCCGAGGUGACAACGGCUGACAAGGAGAAGGAGCUGAUUGGCGUUAUUGCAGGGCUGGCAGCAUUCAUGCUCCUCUUCAUCCUCAUCAUGACUCUGGCCUUGGUUCUCACCACCAGGAGCUUCAAGAGGAAGCUGAAUGCAAUGAAGGCUCUGAAGGCGGCCACAACACUUACACCUGCCAUGGUGCAGCAGGGUCCAGGCAUCCCUGGGACCAACCUCUACAAUGCUGAGGGGGCAAACCCUGUGCUCAACCUCUCCUUGGAUCCGUCCCAUGACCUGGGCUUCCAUGAAGACUCCUGCUCUAUGGCCAGCAUGAAUUCACUGGAUGAAAACACAGUAAAUGCACCUGGGGAUGAAACCCCCAAGGCCAAGAACGGCAAAGCGAGGCACCUGGACCUGGCCAGGGACGAGGCACUGGUGGCUGCCCUGCACCUGAAGGAGCCCAGCAAAGUAGCAUUCAUCAACAAUGCCUUCACCACCACAGACUUGUGAGCAGGCACAUGGGUGGCAGCUGGGCCAGAGCGGGACUCGGGCAGCUGCUUUGGCGACAGUGUCCUCAGAUGCCAAUAAUAAACCUGUCCCACCUGA